AUGGCUGCGAUUCUGCAGCGAAGUCGAGCCGCUCUGCUUGUGGCGUUGGCGGCAGUUGUGGUGCUGGGAAUCGCUCGCUUUCAUCUUCCACUCUCUCCCUCUCUCCUCUCCGCACCAUCACCGCCAGCAUCGUCGUUACGCUCGCACUUUCUUCAACAGCCCCUGCCAGUACCGCUUAUCCACCGCCCGCUCACCGACUACUUCCAGCCCGGCCUGCUGCACGACUGGCUGGGCGCCACCGCCUUCUUCGAGUGGAUCUGCCCCCACCUCGCCCACCCCGGCGCACAGGGGGAGGCGGGCACGCAGGGGGCAGGAGGGGCGCAGGAGGGGAGUGCGGAGGGGAAUGGAGGCGAGGAGGAGGUGAGUGACGAUGUGAGGGUGGUGAGCGGGGCGUGGGACGAGGGCAGCAGCGAGGGCGCGUGGGAGGAGGAGAUUCCCGUGGUGGAGUCGCGGCACCGUGUGUGUGCCAAGCACCUCGCCCGGGAGCAGCAGGCGGACACCCACCCGGGGGGGAUGAGUGUGGACCCUAUCGAGGCGAGGACACGUUGCGGGAUAGCACACGGGGAGGAGGAAGGUGCGGGCAGAGUGGGUGGCAGUGUGGGCAGUGGUGGGAGGAGGGCAGGGGAGGGGGAGUACACGGGGUACCUGCCGUCGGCAGACGGGGCGUAUGUGGAGCUGCUGGAUACCCUCGAGGCCGUGCUGCGCUCCCACCUGCUGCCCCCCCCUGCAGCGGUGGACCAUGGGGGGAGUGCGGAGAAGCAGGGGGGCGAGGGGCGGUUCACGGUGGUGUCUGCUGGGCCGCUGCUGCACGCCAUGACUGCCUUCGCUGCUGCUCAUGCUUACAGGCAGGUGCACCCAUACGAGUCGAUGGCGCUGGUGGUGGUGCAUCCCGACAUGUCCAACCAGCUGCACGCCCUGGCUCGCCUCAACGCCGUCCCACACUUCACCCACAUCCCCCUCGCCCUUGGGGGCGGGGAGGUGAAGGAGAGGGAGCCGGGGAGGUGGGCAACGGUGGGGGAUGUGCUGGCGGGGCUGUCUCGCUGUGACCUGCUUGACAUCGAUGCCGACCGUGCGGAGAAGUUUGCCUUUGAUGACCCCGAUGCCUUCACCCACGUGCAGCGGGUGGUGAGGCGGGUGCAGAUAACAACGCAUGGCGGGGACGUGCACGGCAAGCUGGAGGCGCUCUUCCGUCUCAAGGGCUGGCUCAAGGCCAUCGACCUCCCUCCCCCCAACGCCCCCGCCUGCCUGCACCCCACCCGCGCCUUCAUGCGCCCACCCCCCUCCUCCUCCUCCCACGACCUCAACCGCAGCUCCUCCUCCCAGCAGCCCGACAGCAGAUCUGCUCGCGCCCUGGUGCCGAGGCCUGAGUGUGUGACGCACACCCCGUGGGGCCCCAUAAUGCUCAGGGAGGGGCAGCUCUCCUUCCUCAACCCCUCCUUCGCACACCAGGAAGACAUCGUCCGCCCACCACUCACCCCCCUGCCACCCGCAUUGAUCUAA